AUGGGAACUCUCGAUACUACCCACAUAGCACUUGUUCACAGAGCCAUUUUGCUGCGAAGCUUGUCACUGGUCGGUGACUACUGCAAGGAAGAAGUGUACCCGCGCGUGAGGAGCGGCCUUAGCACUGCGGUAGCCCGAACCAGGAGCACUGAAACACGGACUGUUAACCAUGGUAGUGAGGAUCUGCAGCCUGAGGAAUCGCCUCUGUCAUUGAAGAAUGACCUAAGUACAACAGCAAAACCUACCACAAGCACUCAAACACUGACUGUUAACCAUGGUAGUGAGGAUCUGCAGCCUGAGGAAUCGCCUCUGUCAUUGAAGAAUGACCUAAGUACAACAGCAAAACCUACCACAAGCACUCAAACACUGGGCAAAGAUGCGCAGAAACAACUCGCGGCUGAGGAUGCAGAAACUCCCUGCACAAGCAAAAUACACAAUGUAGAUGAAAAUGAGGCUGAAGUCGAGAAUUUCUCAAAAGGAACCGAAAUGACUUCAGAUAGAGUAUCGCGAAGUAUUCACAAAGAAUUGCACAAUUUGGCAGUACCCAAAGAAAUAAAAUCUGCCAUAACUACCAUGAAAGACAAUCCAUUGAUUAAGAAAAUGUCUCGCUGCUUAAAGAAUGGUUCCCCUAAAGAAGAGGAGUUGCCAGCGGAUGGUCAAAUAGACAGCUUGAAGGAAGAGAGAGAUCUAAUGUCUGCCUUAGAACGUGCAGAUGCAGACCUAAUGGCCUUGAGGAAGAGCGUGGAGCAUUUCAACGAAGACUGCUCAAUAUUAUGUCCCUGUAGAUUCUAA